UUGGCACAGAUUUUAGCCUUUUUUGAAGAAAAUGAAGACUCGGUGACGGCUUUUGUCGAGCCGUUUGUCAUUUUACUUAUUUUGAUCGCAAACGCUGUGGUAGGCGUGUGGCAGGAACGGAACGCCGAGAGUGCUAUCGAAGCGCUUAAAGAGUAUGAGCCGGAGAUGGGAAAAGUUGUCCGACAGGACAAACAGGGCGUCCAGAAGAUCAGAGCCAAAGAGAUAGUUCCCGGAGAUAUCGUGGAGGUGUCGGUCGGUGACAAAGUGCCCGCAGAUAUCAGACUCGUCAAGAUCUUGUCGACAAUCCUUCGCGUCGACCAGUCUAUCCUUACCGGUGAAUCUGUGUCUGUCAUCAAACACACGGAUUGUAUUCCCGAUCCCCGGGCUGUCAAUCAAGACAAGAAGAAUAUAAUCUUUUCGGGCACAAACAUUGCUUCGGGAAAAGCGAUGGGUAUA